AUGGCUCCAAAGAGAUUGUUUUAUGAAGAUGACGAGGUCAUAAUAACUAAACCAGGAUUUAAUGAGGAAAUUUCCGAAGAUUUGAAACAACAAGAAUCAUCCCAUGGAAAUAUUUCAUUCGUUAAAGGUAUGGGAAUUAGAACAGCACCAGUUCUUGAAGAGUAUGUUAAUAAAGCUAGAUUAAUUCUACAUGAGAAAUUAAGUUACUAUGGAGCCGAAUUGGGAACUCAACAAUCUGCUCUUUGUAACGAAUACAAGACAAUUAAAAAUGAAGUCCAAUCGUCAAUUAAAGAACCUGUUUUACCGAAUUUAAUUUAUAUUUUAACAUCAUCAUUGACGGGUUCAAUUUUAGUUAAUAGAAGAUCAUUACCUCUUAGAUUCUUUACUCCAGUUAUAUUUGGUGGAGUUGCAUUUAAUUAUUUCAUGCCAAGAUCGUACAAUGUUGUCCAGGAAAAAAUUACAAACUAUGAGAAGGACAAUUUACCAGAUGUUUACAAAAAUCAGGUUACUUUAGCUGAAAAGUAUCAGGAUUUGAGAAAGUAUUUAUUGCAAGGAUUAGACAAUAAAACAACUCAGAUUGAAAACUCAGUUCAUAAUGCAAGAUUGUAUUUGAUUGACCUCUUUUCGGACAAGAAGUAG